GAGGUUGACAGCCAACCCUCAGCCCUGCCACCCUGGUUGGUUUCUCAGCCCAGAUCCCCACCUUUAAAACUGGACUCCUUGUGCCUGGAACUAGACCCAGGCCUUCCCGUCUCUUUAGGGUCACAGUUGCAUGUGCCUAAAUGAACACCACACCACAUUCCUUCAGAAAGUCACUUGAAACUACACUAGGAACCAAGUUGGUGGCCCAACCAAUCCAGGGCCCCACUGUCCCUCAAAAGAGGCACCUUUUUGGGAGCCAGCAUGAAGAACACAGGCCAUAGCUUGGGAAAUGUUCUUAUCAUUUGCUUCAUAAUUCUCAUAAUUCUACUUUCUAACAAGUUCCCACAGAACAAGCCCUCAUUCCAGUAAUGUUCUACCCACCCCACUCCUGGGCAGGAUAAAGGAGGGCCUGGAUUUUUCUGUGGCUCUUGACUCCUCUAAAACUAGUCCUGCCCUGCCUCCCAUCAAGUGAUCUUAUUUGGGGGGUACAAAAGAGACCUCUGCUCUGGGGUCUAGGCCUUACAAGAUCUCAUGCCAGUCCCGAGAGCAGAGUCCACAUGUAAAAGGGUGGUCUUUGCUCCUCCUCUGGCCCAGGCUUGGGGAAUGACUCUGGACUUCACCACCCACAUGGUCCCUGCCCAUAUCACCAUACCUUAUACCAGCCUCUUGCAAUGCGGGUCCAGAGAGGCUAGUUGGGAGGGUGUAGAGGGCGGUGCUACCUGGACAGACAUGCUCGUGGCUGGGUGGGAGCCUCUAUGCCAGGAAUGGGGAGAGAAGGGGACAGGGUGGGCUCUCCCCAUGUGGCCUGUGUGCAGAGGACAUCAGAAAUUCAAAAUUGGAACCUAACAUCCCAAAUCCUUGACUGUUUUCAUUAAGAAAACCUUUUAUCGGUUUCUUAAAUUGAUUUAUAAUUUUCCAAACAUUAGACAUGGUGUGAGCUUCCAUCCAUGCUUUUCACUGACAAGUGUUAGGGCAAGACCUUGCCAAACUGUUUCAGGAAGUGCUUCCCAUCUGGGGCCCCAUUGUAGCGAAGUUGGUGAGGAGGCUGCCACUUUGUGGUUGGCCUUGGGAGAUGGCCUCCGGGGCCCCGGCACUGCUGCUGCUGUCGCUGCUCUGUCUGCCCAGUCUCCCGCCCGGAGCCACCAGCUGCCCAGCUGCCUGUCGCUGCUACAGCACCACGGUGGAGUGUGGGGCCCUGGGGCUGCACGUGGUCCCGCCAGGAAUCCCGCCUGGGACACAGACGCUGUUCCUGCAGGAUAACAGCAUCGAGUGCCUGGAGCUAGGCAUCCUGGCGCCCCUUGCCGCCCUUCACAGCCUCUACCUGCACAACAACAGCCUUCGCACCCUGGAGCCAGGCACCUUUCGUGCACAGUCGCGCCUGCUGGAGCUUGCACUCACAGGCAACCAGCUGCGAGGCCUGCACCUGGGGGCUUUUACAGGCCUGGCUCAGCUGCGCAUACUCUACCUGGCUGGUAACCAGCUGAUGCAGCUGCUGGAUUUCACCUUCCUGCAUUUGCCGGAGCUGCACCUGCAGGAAAACAGCAUUAAGCUGCUGGAGGACCAGGCCCUGGCCGGGCUCUCCUCAUUGGCACUGCUGGACCUCAGUAGGAACCAGCUGGGCACCAUCAGCCAUGAGACCCUGAAGCCCCUGGCCAGCCUGCAGGUCCUACGCCUCACAGAAAACCCGUGGCGCUGUGACUGCGCGCUGCACUGGCUGGGAGCUUGGCUCAAGGAGGCGGGGCAGAGGUUGCUCAGCUCCAGGGACAGGAAGAUCGUGUGCACAGAGCCUCCCCGCCUGGCCCUCCAGAGUCUCCUGGAUGUCUCUGGCAGUAGCCUCAUCUGCAUCCCACCUUCCGUGCAAGUGGAGCCGCUGGAGGUGACAGCCAACCUGGGUGAGAACCUGCGGGUUGCCUGCCAGGCUUCCGGCUACCCGCAGCCCCUGGUAACCUGGAGGAAGGUGGCUGAGCCUCGCGGGGGACAACCGCGGGCCCAGGCCCCGCCAGGAGCCGGGGUGCCAGGCCCAGGCGAGCACGGAGCCUCCGACACGGGCAGCGGCAUGCUCUUCCUCACCAACAUCACCCCGGCCCACGCCGGCAAGUACGAGUGCGAAGCCUCCAACGCCGGCGGCGUCGCUCGGGUGCCCUUCCGGCUCCGGGUCAACGUGUCCCAGCAGCAGCUGCAACCGCAGCCCCCGCCGGCCGCCGCGGGCCCCGCGCCCCUGCCCGAGGCAAGCAGCAUGGCCUUCCGCGCCCUGAGCCUGGCCACGCAGACGGCGAUCGCGGCGGCCAUCGCGCUCCUGGCGCUGACGGCGCUGCUGCUGGCCGCCCUCAUCUGCCGCCGGCGCCGGCGGAGGCGGAAAAAGGCGCCGGGGCCGCCGGGGGAGGGCGCGCUGUUCGCCAACGACUACUCGGACGGGCCCUGCACCUCCGCGCAGCUGGAGGAGCUCCGCGGCGAGCGGGGCCACGAAAUGUUCGUCAUCGACCGCUCCAAGCCGCUCUUCGCCGAGGACCCGGUCCGGGUGGCCCAUGGGGUGGCGCCCGGACCCGCGCAGGGGUUCCCACCGCAGCCGCCCGCCGCCUAUGAGCUCCACUGCUGAGGGCGGGCGGCGCGCGCCGAUGACGCGAGCCCUGCGGAUUGGCCAGUCGGCGGGCCCCGUUCGCGCAUGCUCCAGCGCGAUCAGUAAAGGGUGGAAGCUGCGCGACGUGA